UAACCCAUAAAGUAUAUAAAUACUAUUGAUAAAGGUUAUAGCGGGACCGGAAACGGUAGCGGCGUGUUUCUCGUCGGACUGUAAUUUGUGUAACCACAUCCGGCGGUUCAAAACUUAGCCAGACGCUACAUGUAGUUUGUGUUUUGUUUAUUCUUUUAUUAUACUGCCGUGAUGCCUGCUGAAAGUCUAAGAUGGGGCACCUUAGAAGCCUUGAAAAAUUCCCCGAAGGGAAAAAUCAGUUUCGACCCGUACUGGUCGGAAAGAGGCGAGCAUAUUUUGGCAGGUUGCAAAGAGGCCAUGAGCCUGUCGUCCAGCUCCGGGGUCAUCCUGGAGCGCCUCAGCGCCGCGCCCCUGCACACCUCCGGCUUUCUGUGCUCCAGCUCCGGGGACUCGAGCCCCGGCCUCUCUGACGACAUCUCCACCUCCAUCUUCUCCUCAGGAUCCAUCCCCGACCUCCAGGCCAGGCCCGCCACUCUCUCUGCAGCGCCGUCUUUAAAAACAGAGCGCGAGAAGGCUGUCAGUGAUGAAGUGAAGGAUGAAGAUUUAGAUGUAGACGUGAGCGACGUCUCCAGUCCCGCGUCACUUCCUGCCAUCUCCCUGCUGUCGCCCAAAGCCAUGGCCACGGCCGGACGCAUCAUCCGGUUCGAGGAGGAACAACGAGAAAAGGCAAAGGUGGCGCUCCGGCUGCGGCAGGAGAUGCAGGAGAAGCUGGUGGCGGAGGCGGCGAGCUCGGAGACGGAGCAGCUGAAGCGCUUCGAGGAGUUCAUGGAGCUGAAGCAGAGGCAGGAGUUCCAGAGCAUGAGAGACAUGAUGGACAGAGAAACUAAAGAGAGCAUCGGGCGCCAAGAGAAGCUGAAGGAGGAGCAGCGACACAGAAUGAAGAUCAUCAACCUGCGUCUGCGGGAGGCGGAGCAGCAGCGUCUGCGGGAGGCGGAGCUGGAGCGGCAGCGGCAGGCGGACGGCCGGGAGCGUCUGAGGAACCUCAACACCAUCCAGGAGGAGAUCCUGCAGCUCAACCAGCUGCUGGAGCCGUCCACCAAGACGGGCCUCCCGCCGGCCGGCCUCAGCUCCUACAGCACCCGCGGCAACCAGCUGUGCUCGCAGCUGUCCGAGGUGGUGCGCAAGACGGCCGAGGGAGAGUUCCCCAGCGUGGACGACAUGACCGUGGCGGAGCGAGCGCUCCACGAGAUGAGGGCGCUGAUCCGGCAGAUGCAGGAGGAGGUGGCCAAGGCUCAGGAGAAGAAGAAGAAGGACCAGGAGGAGGAGGAGGAGCGCAGGAAGCAGGCAGCGCUGCAGGCGCAGCAGGAGGCGCAGAAGAAAGCAGCGGAGACGGCCAAAGAGAAGGCCAAGAGGAAAGGGCUGCAGAACAGCGCUGAAGACGGCACGCUGAAAUGGUACAAGGAGCUGCAGGAGUCGGCCGCUCGCUGCGCUCAGUCCUUCGAACAACUCAACUCCCCAAAAGACACACAGACCAAGAAGCUGAAGCUGGAGCUGCAGAAAGCCGCCUCCAUCCCCGUCAGUCAGAUCUCCAGCAACUCUGGAUCUCAGCUCAGAGAAAUCUUCGACAAGAUCGACAAGCUGCUGUCGGGGCGUGCGGUGGUGUCGGGGGGGAGGUCGGUCUCCACCUCGCAGCACCCGCAGGGCCUCGACUUCGUCUGCUACAAGCUGGCUGAGAAGUUUGUGAAACAAGGAGAGGAGGAGGUGGCGUCUCACCACGAGGCGGCCUUCCCCAUCGCCGUGGUGGCGUCGGGCGUCUGGGAGCUGCACCCUCAGGUGGGCGACCUCCUCCUCGCCCACCUGCACAAGAAGUGUCCGUACGCCGUGCCCCACUACCCCCCGAUGAAGGACGGCACGCCGGUGGAGGAGUACCAGAGGAUCCUGGGCUACCGCGUGGAUGACUCCGGGGUGGAAGGUCAGGACAGUUUCCUGAAGAGGAUGUCGGGGAUGAUCCGUCUCUACGCCGCCAUCAUCACGCUCCGCUGGCCGUACGGCGCCAAGCACGGGGCUGCUCCUCACGGGCUGAACCACGGCUGGCGCUGGUUGGCUCAGAUGCUCAACAUGGAGCCUCUGGCCGACAUCACGGCCACGCUGCUGUUUGACUUCCUCAAGGUUUGUGGAAACGCGCUGAUGAAACAGUACCAGAGUCAGUUCUGGAAACUGCUGCUGCUGCUCAGAGAGGAAUACUUCCCCAGGAUCGAAGCGGUGACCAGCAGCGGACAGAUGGGCUCCGUCAUCAGACUCAAACAGUUUCUGGAGACGUCGCUGCAGAGCCGACAGAUCCGUCCGCCCAAAGGUCAGCUCACCUCCAUGUUCUGGGGCUCGUGAUGACGGAAGAAGUGCUGCUGCGUGACGCCGUUUAGGACCGAACGAGGCUCGGAGAGAGAACGGCGGUCUGGAGGACUCACGGGAAACUAAAGCACGUAAUCAGGGAGGAGAAGGCAAAGCUGCUACUGGAGGAAGUAAGAGAUUCUGUGGCUCGUGGACUUUGUGUCUUAAAGAAUCGAUCAGGAGGCGUUUAAAGCUCGCUCAGCUGCAUUUUAUAUAUUUCAGAUCAAUUAAACCUGCUUUGGCAAAUACAGGAAGCACUUCUGCAGCGGCGUCUGUUCAUGUGAUGGUUCUUCUGGGUGUCAUAGUUCAAAUAAUCUGCUUCUUACAGCUUUAAAUCAUUCGUUUUUGCAGCAAAAAAAAGCCACGUUUACUCUUUGUAACAAGCAAUAAUCAUGUUGAGAUGGAAACCAACGCCUCAUAUUCAAGGCUGAAUCCUCCAAAUGUCUCCAGGAUCAUAAUGUUGAAGCUGUUUAACUGUCUGUGAGAGAAAACACUUGGAUAUUUUAAAUUCAGUCAGUUUGUUUUUAUCUCCACAGUCGCUGUUCAGAUUAGAAAUUGUGUUGAAUUUUUUGCUAUUUAUUUUUUUUAAUGAAUUCAUCCACCGUGUGGAGAAGAUUUGUGGUCUGAUGAGCUGUCGUUUAAUCACAGUGCAUGAAGUCUUACAGAUGUGUUUAUAUACAGUGUAUAAAGGGUUAAAACUACAGAGCUGCUGAGUGUUAAUCACUAUUCUCCAGAACACAAAUGAUUUGAUCGUCAUGUUGUAACAGAAAUGUGAAGAUGACUCGGAGCUUUAAAGUGAAAUGGAAAUGAGAGUUUCUGUGGAGCAGCAGGUCUGAAUGUAGAUUAUUAUUCUAGAGAUGUUUUGUCAGGAUGAUUGUAAUCUCCAUCUGUAAUCAAAAUGUUGGAAAUAAAAACUCAUCAGCAGUUCA